CCUUUCAGGGGACUUGAGAAGGGAAGAACAGUGUGGUCACGUAUGUCUGGUUUUACGCACACCGUGGAUCAAGAUAACCACAACUACUGAAGUUUGCAUGACAUUGUGGAAAGACCAUCCGCCCGUGUGGACUGCUCGCACACCUUGCUGAAAUGGGCGUGUACGGAGAAAGCGGAGAACACUUGGAAACCAGACUCAUUUGAGCCGAUUUCCUCCUCGCAGCCUCGCUCUGGGACACUUCCCCUUUCCAAACCGCAUAGAGGGCUACCUCGUGAUGCGUAAAAGGAUUCAUUUUUCGCUCUGUCCAGUGUGUUUCUGCAGGGCAGUGACAAUAAAGUUGAUUGAGUUAAACUCCAUAACUUGAGCUCCAAAAAACAACGUGGACGUGAAGCACCUGGAGUAACUAAAAAGUUGUCUCGAUUACUUAUGGUUAUAAUUUUGUCUACGAAUUUAUUUAUUUUCUAAAAACACCUUUUUAAAGUCUGAGUGUUUCAACCCCAUCCCCCACCCCCCCCACCCUCUCAUCACCUUCCUCCAGGUCAUUCCAUGUGAAUGCUCCUAAAGUGUGUAUUGCUUUUACAAAGUAUUAUUUAAAAACCAACCAGGCGAGGAUGGACCCUGCCUGCGGCAAAGUGGAGACGGCGUCUGCCGGCGGCGGAACCGGCGUGAGUGCGAAGGCGCCCAAACAUCUGUGGAGGCAGCAGAACCAGCCAGCGCUGUCUCCGCUCCGCCACGCGCUGGUAGUGCGCAACAACGACCGCGUGAGACAAAGAGGCUUUUCGGACACCGAGAGAUACCUCAACCCAAGGAACAUGGACCGGACUUACGCAGUUGACACGGGGCACCGACCCGGGCUGAAGAAAUCCAGGAUGUCGUGGCCGUCGUCGUUUCAAGGUCUUCGACGUUUCGAUGUGGACAAUGGCACGUCAUCAGGUCGCAGCCCCCUGGACCCCAUGGCCAGCCCGGGCUCAGGCCUCAUCCUGCAGGCCAAUUUUGUCCACAGCCAACGGAGAGAGUCGUUCCUGUACCGCUCCGACAGUGACUACGACCUCUCACCCAAGUCUAUGUCCCGGAACUCCUCCAUUGCCAGUGACAUUCAUGGUGACGAUAUGAUUGUAACGCCCUUUGCACAGGUUCUUGCCAGCUUGAGAACUGUACGAAACAACUUUGGUGCAUUAACUAAUCUACAGCAAGACCGAGCAUCCAAUAAGAGAUCACCAAUGUGUAACCCACCACCCAUCACCAAGACCACCUUCACAGAGGAGGCCUACCAGAAACUGGCCACUGAGACCCUGGAGGAGCUGGACUGGUGUCUGGACCAGCUGGAGACGCUGCAGACAAGACACUCUGUCAGCGAGAUGGCUUCCAACAAGUUCAAGAGGAUGUUGAACAGGGAGUUGACUCACCUAUCAGAGAUGAGCCGCUCUGGGAACCAGGUUUCUGAGUUCAUCUCCAGCACCUUCCUGGACAAGCAACAUGAAGUGGAGAUGCCAACACCUCAGACGCAGAAGGAGAAGGAGAAGAAGAACAAGCCCAUGUCUCAGAUCAGCGGGGUGAAAAAGCUGCAACACUCCUCCAGCCUCACAAACUCUAAUAUCCCUCGCUUCGGAGUUAAGACUGAGACGGAGGAUGAACUCGCUAAGGAGCUUGAGCAUGUGAAUAAAUGGGGCCUUAACGUUUUUAAAAUCUCAGAGUUCUCUGGGAAUCGGCCACUGACAGUCAUGAUGCACACUAUAUUCCAGGAAAGAGACUUGUUAAAAACAUUUAAAAUUCCACUUGACACCUUUAUAACAUACCUGAUGACCUUAGAAGACCAUUAUCAUGGCGAUGUGGCCUACCAUAACAACAUUCAUGCUGCUGACGUCACCCAGUCAACUCAUGUGCUGCUAUCCACCCCCGCCCUCGAGGCUGUGUUCACAGACCUUGAGAUCUUAGCUGCCAUUUUUGCCAGUGCAAUUCACGACGUGGACCAUCCUGGUGUCUCCAACCAGUUCCUCAUCAACACCAAUUCAGAGCUUGCGUUGAUGUACAAUGACUCGUCGGUGUUGGAGAACCACCAUCUAGCAGUCGGUUUCAAGCUUCUACAAGAAGAGAACUGUGACAUCUUUCAAAACAUGACCAAAAAACAAAGACAAUCACUGCGAAAGAUGGUCAUUGACAUUGUGCUAGCAACAGACAUGUCGAAGCACAUGAAUCUACUGGCUGAUCUGAAAACUAUGGUGGAAACCAAGAAGGUGACCAGCUCUGGUGUCUUGCUGCUGGACAACUACUCUGACAGGAUACAGGUUCUACAGAACAUGGUGCACUGUGCAGAUCUGAGCAACCCCACCAAGCCUCUCCAGCUGUACCGGCAGUGGACGGACCGCAUCAUGGAGGAGUUCUUCAGCCAGGGUGACAGAGAGCGGGAGAGGAGCAUGGAGAUCAGCCCUAUGUGUGACAAACACAACGCCUCGGUAGAAAAGAGCCAGGUUGGCUUCAUAGAUUAUAUCGUUCACCCUCUCUGGGAGACGUGGGCUGACCUGGUCCACCCGGACGCCCAGGACAUCCUGGACACGUUGGAAGACAACAGGGAGUGGUACCAAAGCACCAUCCCCCAAAGCCCCUCUCCUACCUUGGACGAGCCCGAGGACGGCACUCGACCCCCAGGAGGGGACAAGUUCCAAUUUGAGCUCACCCUGGAGGAGGACGGGGAGUCAGACACUGAGAAAGACAGCGGCAGCCAGCCGGAGGAGGAGGAUGACGAGGAUGAGGAGGAGGAGGAGGAGGAGGAGGAGGAAGAAGACGAGGAAAACAGCUGUACUGACUCUAAAACACUCUGUACACAGGACUCUGAAUCUACAGAGAUUCCUUUAGACGAACAGGUGGGGGAGGACGAAGAGGAGGAGGUAGCGGAAGAGGGGGAGACACCCGGCUCACAACCGUGUGCCGUGGGGGAAGAGGUAGCAGAGGAGGAAGAGGAGAAAGAGGAAACCCCCCACACAUAGCAGUUUAUGGACAGCAUCUGAUUAACUGUUCUUCUUAGUAAUGACAGAUGAUUAUUUAUAGAAUAUUUUUUGGGGGUUUUGUGGGGUCUGUCUGUGUUUUUUAUACAUCUAUGUUUAUGGUUCCAAAGCGUGUGCUGCUCUCCACCUUUGCCACUCCGCCUGUCAGCUUCGUUCAGACACGCCCACUGGUACUUCAAGUUUUUUUGCACUCAGGUAAACUCCUCUCCAUACCUGUUUGUACUAAAGUGGUGUGUCCUUAUUUCACUUUUACGCCUUCCCUUUUACAAACUUAAGUUUAGUACAGUCUGCUCAGUGCUGUUCACACAAUAUAAAAUUUUCCUUUCCUCCGCUUAGUCUCAGCCUUGUCUAAAAGUUUAGCGGUGUUUCUGUGUUUUAUCAAGUGCCCAUACUCCACAGAGACGGCUAACGGUGUGUUCGAGGAGAAUCUCCCUCUUGAUUAGGCCAUUUCCUUCCUUUUCCGAAUUAGAAGGCAUUUUAUGCUGCUGUCUGCUGAAAACCUGAUGGCGGAUGACGCCGCAGAGAUGAAAGCUGCAGCACACGGGAGCUUUUCGAGACACAUUUCUGAUGUGGAAGUCUUCCUUUAAAACCUAACUGAUACAAAGCUCAAACUAAACAGCCAUGAUGCUGUCGUAGACUUUAAUUUUUGUAUUGUACUGUAUGUAAGAUUCAGAUAUUUUCUAGAAUUUAAUUUUGCAGUAAAAGGCUUUCUUUUGUUAGCAAAGAAGAUCAGAACUUUCAAAAACCAAUGGGGAGAAAUAUGUAACAGGUAUUCAGUGUUUUGAAGGGAUAUCUUCAUGGCUGGAUUACAUUUGCAGUGUUCUGAUGUGUUUGCACUUGCUCCAAUAGCAUUUAUACUACUAUUCACAUGCCACUAUUUUUUUUAUUAUUAUUAUUUUUACUGACAAGGAAGCAGGAACCCGAAGUCUUAUGCUUUACUCUCACUGAAAUUGUUUAUGAUGAAGUCUUUACAUUUUAUUAUUGUUGCCAGCAGUUCUUUUGAACUCAUCCUGAGACAAUGCAAUUAUUUGUAGUUGAUACAAAAAGCACCUUUUUUAGAAGCUUGAUUAGUGCUCAGAGUAUACAGAAAUAGUAAUGGUGUUAAAAACUACUGGGGUGAUUUUAUGCCAAUGUUGUGAAAGCUUUUAUUGUCCUUUUAUUUUUCUUGCCCAUUUUGUUUGACGGCCAUGUCACAAACAGCUGCAUACUUGUUUGUUUUCAGCCACUUCAUUUUCUGUUAAGAGGUAUGAAUUUGUUUUCAUCAAAAUAAUGUUUCAUUUUGCCAUCUCAACUCUAAACCCAGUUGCUGUCUUUGUUUUCGACAAGACAAUCUGCUCCGUUGCACAGUCAUCAGAUAAAUCUAUCCUCUACGUAGAUAUUCUAAUGCACUGAUGUAUUCAUAUAUCACCACUUAAAUAUUUGUAAUAUGUUUAAAUGCGCUAAAAACACUCAUUCAUGAAUACGUAGGCUUGAACAGUGCUGUCUUACACCUGGGCCAAGACUCUUUUUCCAUGUUUCUAUCAUUUUUCACUUUACACCUGAUGCUAUUAUUUAUUGGUAUAUUUUUCUAAUUGUUGAGUCAUUUUUGCAAUAUAAAGGUGGUACAGUAAAUAUUUAACUGUAGCAUAGACCACAGUACAGGCUUGGCAGUUACAAUACCCAAAUAUACCUUUUUUUUUUUUUUUUUUCUGUGUACAUAAAAUAUGAAAAAUCAACAUGUAAAAAGAAAAAAAACACUUGAAAUACUGUACAUUGGUUUUUUAAAGGGGGCUUAUUUUAAUUUUCAUUUCAAAACUUUAUUUAAUCAUUCAUUUUGUGCCAAUAUUUUUUUUCUCACCUUUUUCCAUCCUCACCCAAUGCCCUUAAAUGUUCUGGUUUUAUCGCUGUUUACAAAAUUAUAUUUAUUGUGCUGUAUAUAAUAUAUAAUUAUUAAUGUUAUUACUAUCAUAAUGCCGUUUGCUGUAAAUGGUUGAUUCUUAUCAUCCCUUUUUGAUGAUUGUGUGGCUGUAUUACGUACAUCUUGUUGAGAGAAUGUUUAUUACAGUGUAAGAGCUUCAGUGUAAAAAUGAUCCAUUGACAUGUUGCUUAUCUGAGAAGUAGCUCAGUGAAGAGAGGGGAAAGCCAAAUUGUUUUUUAAAAAGAAACUGUUCCUUGGCCCAUGGGCUGUGCCUUAAAUUCAAUGCAUGUCAUUUACUUUAGCCUUUUUUUCAUUUUUUUUUUUCUAGUUCUCUUUUGCUGCAUUAGUGACUCUUUUGGCUUGGGUUGGCCUGAUCUCCUGUUGUGAAUUGGAAAAUGUUGCCUUUUUACUAUCACAACCAAACACAUACUGCUCCAUCAAAAAUGUGUCUCAAUGAAGAAAGUAUGUUGUCAGUGCAGAAGCUUGCAGGGAUUCAGGUCAACCACAAGCCAUAGAUGUACUACUUGAGUGAUGUGUGGCCUAUAGCCGGAUGUCCAGGAGUCGUAUUUGCUGUAGACCUGGUCGAAACAACUUGCACCUUCCUUACGCCCUGCCACUACACUUAAAGAUGUGACCCAACCGGUCGGAUUUAAACGAUAUGGGAGUAACUUUGCUGUGUGUGUGCAGAGUUACUGCAGUGUCGUCUACAUCCAUGUGGUUGUACCACAGCUCCAAACACUGAAUGGGGUGCAACAGGAGUGUGUAGUUGCUUCGCAACCACAGCCUACGAAGCACAGAGGCUUUGAGACACAUCUGCACGUUCAGCCACUGCUGCAUUAAAUAUGGCUGAAACAUUGACAAUGUGUUGCUUAUCUAUGCUCGGCCCACACUUCCACUCGCAUUACUUGCAAUAUUCAAAACAACUGACAUCUAUCUGCCGGACAGGAGAAGGGUUUAGUAUAUUUCUAUAGUGAA